AUGGAGAACAAGAAGAAUCUUGUAUUCAAGAAAAAUGACAAAAAGAGAAUGGUUGUCAAGUGUGUAGACGGUUGUCCAUUUCAUAUUAGGACAGCCAAAAAUAGACAAGCAAAAACGGAUUGGUUGGGUCGCCAAUUUAUGUACACCAUAAGACACACUCCUGAAAUAAAAACCAAAGGGCUGAUUGCAGAAGCUAUUAAGAAGUGGGGGUGA